AUUUGUUUAUUUGUUGACAGUUGAAAUUGUUUUUGAACUUUUGCUGUUUUGUAUUCGUUCUAUUUUCAUUUUAAACGGUUUAAAAUGCUUCUCUGAGUAUUUUAAAAUAAGCAACUAAAAACAAAUUCGAAUUUUUAACAAUUUUGGAAUCGACUAAACGUAAGGUAAGCGCGAAACCGUCGAAAAUUUUCUAGCCGACGGUCAGAAAGACCCGGAAAAGUUGCGGUUACGUCACGUUUGCGCCAGUCGCCGAUUGGUCGACGGAGUCGCCAUUUUGUGUACAAAUGUACGAUCCGUUUUCGUAGGAACUAGUGAAAUCGUUUUUAGUUUUUCGUCCUUAACGUGUUGAAUUUUUGAAUGCAUUCUAAUGAUUCGUAAACUAACGCUGCAUUUAAACGACGUAAGUCCGACAAUGCGAUAGAAAUUAGUUUGUUUAAGGCGAGAGGUUGAUUUCUUUAUUGUAUUGUCCCAAAGUUAUACUGCAAUAUCUAUCACACUGCAGUAUUUUACAGGUAUAUUUUGAAAGCGAACGAAUAACGAAUGCCCUCAAAAAUGUCGACCUCCAGUCAAAAUAAUGGUAAAAAGAGUUCGAACAGCUCCAUUGUCAACACACCAUCCAGCACUCCUGUCACGAUUGUCGCCAAUGGUACUACCCAAGUGAAUACGCAGAGCUCUCCGCCGCCCAACAACAACGCUCCUAAAUAUGGUACUUUGGUGCCGAACAGGAUCUUUGUGGGCGGCAUUUCGGCCAACACGACCGAAGGCGAGCUGAUGCAAUUGUUCAGCGCCUACGGUACGGUGAAGGCGGCCAAGAUAAUCCAAGACAGGGCGGGCGUAUCGAAGGGCUACGGUUUCAUAACGUUCGAGAGCGAGGACGACGCGAAGCGGCCGCUGCGCGAGGCCGAGAACAUCGUGUUGCGCGAACGCAAGCUCAACAUCGCACCGGCCAUCAAAAAACAGCCGUUUAGCAGGACCUUCGACGCGUCCAGCCCGCCGACGGUGGCGGCCGGUAAUCCGACGCAGUUCUACUUCCCGCCGGGGGCGGCGGUGCCGUACUUCCAGGGAGGCGUCGCUUACUAUCCGCAACCGGCCCAGGCCGCGCCCGGGGACCCAUCCACGCAACAACCGGUCUAUCAACCGCCUCCGAUGUACCCGACGCAAACGGGGCCGCCUCAAACGGCCGCCUACACGCCCAUGAUGUUCCCGCAGAUUUAUAUGCCGCAACAGUAUCCGAUGCCCAUGCCGUACGAUUACAACUUCUAUCAGGGCAACGGAGCCUCGCCCUCUGCCCAAUACAUGGCGGGAGCGGCGCAAAGCGGAUCGGCGGCGGGACCGCCGCAAUGCUCGACGAUGCCCCCAUCGAAUAGUCCGCCGAGACCGCCUUGUUACGGCCAACAGAUGCCUGCCUACAAUCCGGGGGAUCCUAUGUUCUAUAAUUUGCCUAUAUACGGAUCUACGUUGGAAAGUUUGCCUAUCUACACUGAAGCUUUCGAUCUCGGCGCUGGUGGUUCGUACGCGGAGGAAACAAUCUACAACAGUUUGGAUCGAACGGUAACGCCGUCGCACGACGACGAAUCGACCAAUUUGCAGACGGUUUCCUACUGCAAUACGACAAACAACAACAACAACAACAACACAAACGGCGGCGCCGCCACCGCCGAACAACACGCGUCGUACGUCAAGGAGGAGAGGAACAACGCGCGCACGCCCGUCGUUUCUCUUCUCUCGAUCGACCACCAACAGGAGAAGGACUAUUCGUCGAUGCAGAGCGGCCGCCGGCGCAAACCGCCGCCGCCGCAACCGCCGCCGCCUCCGCCGCCGCAAUUACACAACAACACGACCGCCUAUCAUCACCAUCAUCACGGCUUCCUGCCGCAUUCGCAUCCGUUCGUCGGUUUCAAUCCGCAACAACCGCCGCCGUUGCCGCCGUCGAACGGCUACGCGCCGCCGCAACCGCCGCCGCCGAUCUUUAACGAUUACCAUCGGCGCGUCAACGUCAACGGUUGCUUCGUCAACAACAACAACAACAAUCACAUUAGCGGCGGCAAGAUUGUUAACAACGCGAAAAAUCAUCGCAACGACGAUGGUAAAAGUACCGUACGAACGGCGGUGAAUACGCCGCCGCCCGCCCCCUACUCACCCAUGACGAAUCACCAAUUUAAAGUUUACACGAACAGUAACGUUAAAAACUUUAUGAACAAUAACAACAAUAGCAAACAGAACAAUAACUACGCUAGAAGCAACAAAAAAUACGGAUCGGUGGGUGUUCCUACGCCGCCACCUCCCGUUUCUAACACCGCCUCGUCCACCACCACCACCACCACCGCCGCCACCUCCACAUCCACAUCCACAUUUGUAACCAACGACAAAACCUAUUGCAAUAACAACAACAAUAGUACUAGUAGUAGUAGUAGUAACAAUAGCGCAUUGCCUACGCCCGCUUCCUAUUCGAAUACUAACAACAACAACGGCAACAACAACAACAACCGCCUCAUUCACUAUAAUAACCAUCAUUCGGCGAAUCCUUCGAUUAACAACGCCGAUCAUCCAUCGAACGUGACGCAGGUGCACCUGUCGACGACGACGUCGCAGAGCUUCGGGCCGCAGACGGCGCGGCGCAACAAGCGCUCGCUGAGGCGCGGCGUCGGCGCCGUCGGGGGCGGCGUCGGCGAGAUUGGCGCCGGGGACGCGCCGUUGCCGAGCGACGUGGGCGACGUUUGCAAGAAAUUGGAGACGAUUAAGCUGUAGAGGACGCGCCGCGACGGAACCUCCCCCCCCAAAACCACCCCCCCUCAAGUUAUAUGCAGUAGAAUUAGACAUCGAGACGCCCGGUAGGCGUGUUUCUUUGCCCCGCCCCCUCCAACCCCAACCCCAACCCCCCACAAAACAAUCAUGCCCCCCUGCAUAAACGCCUCGUUUUUUUUUGUACAUUUUUUUUUGUAUUUAUUUAAGACUGUACAAUAAUGUAAUAUACUAUAAAUUUAAUGUAAAAAAAAACCUAAGAGAGGGAUAUAAAAUAUAUAUUUAUUUGAAAAGUGAGGAUGCGCGAAAUAUGCCUUUUUUUUUUAAGUGUGUUUGUGUGCAAGUGUAGGGGGUGGAAUCGAUUUGAUUCGAUUUGGACUAUUCGGUUAUUGUUUUUUCAGUAUUUUGUUGUUUCGAAAAUACCUGAUCGAUUUUUUACGGUGAAUGUGAUACAGGGCGUCCCGAUGAAAAGUAGCCCAAUUAUUUAAUCGGCUUUAUUUUAAAUGCGUUAUCGUAAAAAUGCGGAAAAGCUGUCCGAAUCGGUUACUUUUCAUUGGGACACCCUGUAUAAUAAAAAUCUAUCAAAUUUGGCUACUCAUCUGCAUUUGGCUGGCUUACAAACUAGUCGAAGCGAAAUAGAUAAUUUUCUACAAUUACUUUCUGUAUUAAUCAAACAAAUCUUACAUAAACUGAUUAACCAAGUUGGUAGAUAACAUACUGCAUGUAACAAUUGGUCCAUUAUUCACCAUAAAAUGUUGAUUUGAAACAUUUUUGAUGCGACCUGUAUAUUUACAUUUGUCAACAAAUUACUUUGACAAAUAAAACUAAAGUAUUAAUUUUUUUUCUCGUAUUAACAUUUCGAACCGCUCUCGUAUUAGUUUCGUCGUAAUUUUCGAAACUAAUACGAUAUAUACAGGAUGUUUCUCACCUGUGAUCGAUUUCGCUCCUCAAGUGCUAUAUGUAUAGUGAGUUCACGAUAAUCCAGCGGUGACGUCAGGCGUAUCUAACGUUAGGUAUACUAUGUUUACCGAUAGUCGAGCGUGACGUCACAGAGGGAUUGACGUGAGCAGCGUUUAAAUGACAAUAUUACGUAAGUUUGAGGAAGGUUAUAAAUUUGUAAACUACAGUGAGACGCCCAUCUUUAGGUUAGUCGUGAAUAUAGGUUAGAAAGUUUGCGCUCUAAGGUGAGUUGUAUACUCGAAAAUGUUAUUUAAUAUUUAAGAUUAUUCGGUUUAUUUUGCGUUUUUUUUUUGUUGUUGUUUUUUUUUUUAAUUUUUGUUUAUAUGUGUAGAGAGGUACGUUUUUGGUAGUCGCGUCAAGUUUCCCAGUCUGUCGCUGUUUUGACAUUGCAAAAUUUUUCACGUUGAGAGAUUCUAAAAUAAAUAUUGACUAUGUACGAUACAUCGAAAAUUUACUCGUUCUUUUUCUGCGCGAAUGUAUUUUGUUGGAAAUAUAAUCCGCUUUGUUUUGUGAUAAUCGCGAAUAAGUUUUUAAGCAAAAGAGAAAAUGUAGAUCUGUGAUAUAUCGAAAUGGAAGUUUUUAACAAUCACCGUUGAUUUUUUUAUACAAUUUAUUCGAUGGAAAAAUCAAAAACUUAUUCGAGGUAAUUUCGAUUUUAUUGUACUUAAAUUCGACACGGAUUUGAUCUCUAAAUAUCGGUUAAUUUAACUGGAUUAUUUCGACCAUUCGCAAUUUUUGUUAGCUCGAAAAAUCAAAAAAAAAAUAAUCUGUUUAAAAGUCGAUGUGAUAGUAAAUCGGAUAAAAAUUACAACGUUGUCAAUUCGAAUUGUUUGCCGGGCAACAUUCUACUAAACGAAAAACUCUAAAAACCAACGUUGUCAAUUCGUUUUGCUUUGCUAGUCCUUUAGGGAAAUCGAUUGUGCGCAGUCCUACGGACUUUAAACAUUUGCUCAAACACAACAUCGCUCUCUUAUUAUUUUAUAUUGGGAAACGAACAUUUUUCGAACGGAUAUUUUCGAUUUUAGGCUGUGACAGUUCAAACAAGAAAAAAAAACUAUGGAUGUUUUUUGUAGGUUUUUUUAUAAACGCCUUUGUCGAGUAGGAUCGAAUAUUUUGUAGUAGUUUUUUUUUACGGAAAUUGUUAUUGUUAAUCCAAAGAGCCUAAAAAACGAGUCUUUUCGAUUUCGAAAACGUUUAAUUUGCUGAAUUGUCAUCCGAUUUUCCGCGUGGGAAGAGAAAAGGCGUUUUAAACGUUUUUCAUUACGCAAAAUCGACGUUUAUUGGCGUCCAUUUUGCGCACAUUUUUUUUUCCAAAGAUACAUAAAAAAGUAAUGUAAUAGUUUGUAUAAAUAUAAAUAUAUAUACACUAUAAAAUGUAUAAUUCUUAGUACGUAAGGAAAAAUUAUUUUGGCCAAAAUUUUGUAGUGGUCAGAACAUUGUUUAAAUUUUAAAUGUUAGAAAUUAAAAGAAAAAUGAUAUUGUUGAAUUACACGGUACCUGCGAAAUAGUAAUGUAAAUAAUUUCGGUUUAACAUUUGGCGAAAAAUAACAAAACUUUUUUAAAUAACAGAGCUGUCAUGAUCGUUUUCGAUGUCCCGUUUGAUCGAUCAAAAUCGAUUACAAAUCACUCGAAAAAAAAAGAAGCCUUUUUGUCAAUUCGUAAUCGAGGUUUGCAAACGGAACGUCUCCGGUGAAUCCCCGGACGUUUCGCGUGCAAAUCUACGCGGUACAAUCCGUUUUUAUUUAUUUUUUUUCGAUCGGCACUUUACACUGUUGCCGAUACAAACGGAUUCUACUCGGUAUUGAAGAAACGAACACUCCUAAGGUUGUGGCAAAUACAAAUAGAUAUUUAACAGAGAAAAUGAAACUUAAAAUUCGUACCUCAUAGUCACAUUAAUUAGCUAUUAGAAGUGGGUCGACAUAUUUGGAUACAGGGUGUCUAAAUUAACCGUUUCCCGGCUUGAAAAUGUUGAAAUUUCAAACGGAUUUGAUCCUCCAUUCGUGGGGAUUAAUCGGCUGGCAAUCGAUGGUUUCUCGUGGCGAAAACGGUUAUUGAAGGAGCCAAAACAAUGUGAUAGAAAACAAAACAAAAAAAAAUAAAUGUUUCGUGUUUGUUUUUUUCUUGAGAACAGCGAGGCAUAAUAAAGUGUGUUCAAUUUUUUUAGAGAUGUAAGACCGACGACCCACGAAUAAGAGAAGCCAGAUUAUAAAUAUUGUAAGUUUAGUUUUUAGUAUUUAAAUAUAUGCAGAAGAAAAACUUUAAUAUAGUCUAUAAAAUGUAUAUGUAUAAUAAUGAAACGGGAAGGGCGAUUUUCGACUUGGAUUUCCAUCGAAUAGACGUGCUAGUUCGGUGGAAAUGUCGAAAACUAUUCUUUCCUGUGAAAAAGUGAGACAAUUUACUAAUAAAUAUAAAAUGACUUAUAUUGAACAUUAUUAAAGCGUUAAGGCUAUGUACAAAAACUUAGUUGUAAUAAAAAUAA